GAGAGCAUGCAGUGGAAUGCCAGCGGCGAACAAACGCCUAUCUGACUCUGACAGAAUCCAAAACCAUUCCACUUCGCGACUCGGCGGAGAAUGACGUCACACUCACUCUACCCACCCGAGUUAGACGCCGACUCCGUCGCCUCCUCCCCACGCUCCGAACACUACCACGACGCGCCGCCACGUGUCCGCUUCAUGUGCAGCUUCGGCGGCAAGAUCCUCCCUCGUCCCCACGACAACCAGCUCCGAUACGUCGGUGGCGACACCCGAAUCGUCGCCAUCCACCGCUCUGUCUCCUUCUCUGCCCUCAUUCUAAAGCUCUCUAAACUCUCAGGCAUGAGCAACAUAACGGCGAAGUACCAGCUACCUAACGAGGAUCUUGACGCGUUGAUCUCGGUGACGACGGACGAAGACGUGGAGAACAUGAUGGACGAGUACGACCGCGUGGCACAGAAUCAGAACCCGCGGUCGGCUCGGCUUCGGCUCUUCCUCUUCCCAGAAGGCGAAGAUUCUCGAGCCAGCAGCAUCAGCUCGCUCCUAAACGGCUCAGCCAAUCGCGAGAACUGGUUCCUCGACGCCUUAAACGGCGGCGUUUCGGGGCUCGAGCGAGGCCGUUCCGAAGCCUCUUCCAUGGUUUCGGAAGUACCCGAUUAUCUCUUCGGUUUAGAUAACUCCGAAGAAUCACACCACCAUCACCACCAGCGCGAACCGCGACCCAAGGACCGAUUCGUUCUCCACGACAACGUUUCCAAUUCGGAUCCGGGUUCCCCUGCCCCGGUUGUCUCGUCCCCGUUUUGUUCCACGUCAUCAGCGCCGUGCGUGCCCUCUAUGCCCAACCUUCCCCCGGUUAAAACCAAACCUGAAACCCCGGUUCCCGAUAUGGACUCCAAGGAGAAUAAAAUCGAACCUGAAACGGGUGGGCAAUCUCAACCCAACCCGUACGCGAGUAACCCUGUAGUGCACUAUCCACCAGAAGCUGCUUAUUCGGGUCAUUCCAUUCCGCCGGUGCCUGUUUUUUAUGUUCCGGGUCCGGUUCAGCCGGGAACUGUACCAGUCCAACCGGUUCCUAUGCAGGCACCUUAUCCCUACGUUCAACAACCAUUUCAUGCAGUGGUACCAUCUCAGGUUCCAAUCGGGUACCAUCAUAUGAUUCCGGGUUCGGGUCAAGUAUAUGGUGCAAGGGUGAGGCAUAUGACCCCAAUGCACCCAUACAGUGCCUCUGCUGCAGUGGUUCACGACGGUUUGACACAGCAGGUGUACCAAGCUGUGCCAAACUCCGGUUCGGGUCCGGUACCGGUUCACCCGGUGAUGGCAAUGACGGGUGGGGAUGAACCACAGAGAGGUGGAGCGGAGUAUUUGACGGGUCGGGGCACCAACUCGUUAAAUAAUUGAGCAUGUUUUUCGGGUGCAGAAUUACUUUGAUCAUGCAAAUGGGUGGUUAAUCUAUAUAUAUGCGUGCCUGCUCUUUCAAUUUUCUUAUUUUAUUUAUUCAAUGCACGAAAAAGCGAAGGGUGAUAUGUUUCAUAAAAUUGUUUGAGCAAUUUAAUUUCUCGGGUUGUAUAUUAAAAAGGAUAAUGUUAAUAAUUGAUUUUUCGUUAUGUUACAAUAGUUUAUUGUUUUGGGGGUAUUUGUCUCGUCUGUUUAUUUACAAUAUCAACAAUGUGCAGAUUUUUCGGCUUUCUGCCCUUAUUGUUGUGUGACAAUAAGUUUAUUUAGUUAAUAGAAGAUAAUGCGAUUUUUUUUUUUU